GUCGAGGUCGCCGAGCGGUUCAAGCUGGGGCUCGACCGGGGCGUUUGGCGGCCGCUCGCCCCGGCGCUGGCCGCGCUGCUGAUCGCGACGCUGGUCGGGAACCGCACGGCGCAGGCGACCGUCGAGCCGUCGCCAACCGAGCAGGUCGCGGCCGACGAGGCGAAGAAGGCCGCCGAGGAGGCCCGCAAGCAGCUGGCGAAACGCCGCCAGGAGGCCGAGGAGAAGGGGCUCGCCGACGCCUCGGCGCUGCUCAAGAAGGACCCCGCCAAGGCGGCCGUCAAGCUCAACGACCUGUCACGAGAACUCGCCGAGCGACGUGACAAGCUCGGUGGGGGCGACGAGCUGCGCAACCAACUCAACCGCAUGAAAGACAUCGGUAAGGGCCCCGCCGACAAGGCCGCCGACGCCAUGAAGCAGGGCGAUUGGCAGAAAGCGAUGGACGAGAUCGCGAAGGUCCGCGAGCAGCUCGCAGGCGGGGACCUCCCGCAGGAGAAAAAGGACCAACUCGCCGCGCAGCUCGGCAAGAUGCAGCAGCAACUGGGCGAGGCGACUCAACAGCACCAACAGCAGAAGCAGGACCUUGAGCGGCAGCUCGCCGAGGCCCAGCGACAGGGCGACCUCAACCAGGCCGGCAAGCUCCAGCAGAAGCUCGACCAGCUCGGCAUGAAGCAGCCGCAGAUGGAACGCUUGCAGCAGCUAGCGCAGCAGAUGCAGCAGGCGAAAGAGGCGAUGGAAGCGGGCGACCCGCAGCAGGCCGCCGACGCGAUGCAGCAGAUGGCCCAGCAGAUGGACCAGAUGGCGCGCGAGGAUCAGGAGAUGCGGAUGCUCGACGCUGCGAUGGCCGACAUCAUGGGCGCCAAAGAAGCGAUGGGAAUGGAAGCGGGCGACAAGCCUGGCGACCAAGCCGGCCAAAUGGCGGGCAAUCAGCCCGGGAUGGGGCAGGAGGGCCAAGGCCAGAACCAGCCCGGCGCGAAUGGCCGCGGAAUGGGCCAGGGACGCGGCGAUGGCUCGCGCAACACCGAGAAGGACAACGUCUCCUACCGCGACACCCAGGUCCGCCAAGACGUGGGCCGCGGCUCGAGCACGUUCGGUGGCCUGGUCGAUGGCCCGACGGUGAAGGGGGACGUCGUCGAGUCGAUCAAGACAUCGCUCAACGCUUCCGACGCUCAGCCGGCCGACCCACUCACCAGCGAGCGGCUCCCGAAGUCACGCCGCGAGCACGCCGAGGAGUACUUCCGCGGCCUGCGGGACAAGCUUUGA